GUUCAGAGAGGCGCCUAAGCAUCCUCUCGUUGUCUUUAUCCACCAUGCAAAGGGUGUCUGAUUCAGUUACAACAAUCUUCCAGCUGGAAACUAAGGACGAACGCCUUGCCGCCUGCCUGCAAGGAGGUUCAACCAUAGUUUACAGCGAAAAGUUUGGAUUGGGGUGGCGUUUUGGGUUGCAGUACGCACAAGAAGGCUGGUCUUUUGCCAAAGUGAAGGUUUACCUUGAUCAUACCCAUUGCUCGUCAGCGACAGACGCCGCCACGGUGACUGUCUGCCUUAAAGAUGGGUCUACUUCAGAGUGCACACCCUUACAUGUGGUUUACGGUCACUACGAAAGCAAAUUUCGCUCCAGUUGUCGCUGACCCCCUCACCAAGACUGCGACUGCUCUCAGGCAGUCUAUGAACGAUGGUAAAUUCACGGACACCAAGUACUAUGCCAUGUCCAGGCGUAGAACUCGGGGGUCUUCAGAGGAAACUCGUUUCGUAUAUGCGAAUAGUGCAAUUUUAGACCAUGACACUGCUGUCAUGUCAUCUUCAUUUGCCAAAGGAAAUUCUUUAUUCGUUCAAUACAACCACGAAUAUGGGCUGAUGAUGGACGCCAAGCAAUAUGAUUAUCACCUUGAUAGCGACAUUUCGGAUUCAGAGGAAGAAGAAGUGAAAGAGAAAACAAGCACGAGCACGAGCACAAAACAGAAAACAAAAUGGAGACCGAAACCGAAGGGAAAGGCACAAGGAGCACCUAGUAUGAGCCAGUCUCCGCGUUGUCGUUAUAGCGAGAGCUAUUCCCUUCGGGCGGCAUCUCCUGAGUCCGAUGCAUCCACUGAUACCAUUUCUGAUAUCAGUGAUUUAACUUCGGAUAGUGGCAACUCCAGCUUGAGCGAUUGGGCGGCCUCGCAUCCAGGUUUCCGCUCGACAGAUACGUUGAGGGCUGAGCCGAUGCCUCCACCCUACUCUCCGACCCAGCAAAUCGUGUUGGUUCGGAACACGGCAUUUGCGACCUGGGCAUCCUACGUAUACUAUCGCUACACUGGCCAGGUUUCUUUCUACCCCCUGAAGUCCAAAGAUCCGCUCAGUCGGCGCAACAACGGAACUGAAACUUUGCGCUGUUCUCCCAAGUCAAUGUACCGACUCGCCUUUAAGCUCAAGAAUGAACGUUUGAAAGCUCUGGCGUUCCAGGCAAUUAAAUCUAAUCUAUCCAAGAACAAUAUCUUGGAUGAGGCGUUCUCGUGGUUUACAGCUCAGUACCCUGAUAUCCAAAAAAUGGAACUAGAAUUCCUAAUGGAGUUCCGCAGCGCACCUGAAGUAUCAGGUCGUCUAAAGCAGUUUCUUGAAAGUGUUUCCCGAGGACAAAGGCCUUAUGCACAUGCCAUGCUUCAUGCCUUUUUAGUAAAUUUGACACUGCCGGGGGCGAGUGGUACGAAGUGAAGUCGCAAUAGUUAUCCUGUCACUUGAUCAGUAUUGUAUUUGUAAGUCGUGUUGUCCCGAUGUUGUUCUUGUCUUGUUGUCUUGUCUUUCAACC